AUGGGAGGGGACUGGUGCUACGAGUACAAGUUCUGGUCUGAACUGCUGCGACUGCGACUGGAACUGGACGCGCAUCAACAAGUAGCAACAUCCCAGGCCAAGUAUAGCCACCCGCUGUCCGGCGUCUACCUCGGACAGGAAAGACCAUUCGCUCACUCUCCCCGUCUGCAUUACCUUCCCUGGACAGCAACAGUAACGAGACGCCCGAAACCCCCGGUGGGAAAGAGCCCAGGAACGAACACCGGUGGCGGCGCAGACUGGCAUCAAUUCGGUGCAAUGCCCAGCCCGAUCCAGGUUUCCGAAGAUUUAUCCCUCCGAAUGAGCGCAUUCAUCUGCUCUGUGGUAUUCUCGACUGAACAAUGUGAUGAUGUUGCCGUAUUCCGAACAAUUAAGAUUGGAAGCCAGGACCCUUGGAGACAAGGUACUGCUAUCGUUAUCAUGCUUAUCUGGCGCUGCGCCAACGACCCUUCCUCUUCUUGCCUCGCCUCGCCUCGACUGCGGACUCGGCGCGUUCGCAAACUUGGCGUAUCUCUCUUCACCUCGCAGCGGCAUGACGAGGUGUACAAGUACAAGGAAAUUGAGACACCGAUAACCCUGACAAGUCGGUUGGAUGGUCUGUUGGGCCUAUUGAGUCGGCUGCCAUGUUUCCAAGCUUGCCAAAGAUAUCUGUUCGGUAUUGUAUCGCUUGAGCUGAAGCUUAACACAGCAACAAAACAUCAACACAACGGAGGAGGAGAGGACCCCGGUAGGCCUGGUAAAGUAGAUAAGGUUGCGACGGACCCUGCGUCCGGAAUGCAGAAGAAACACACUCGUGGUGCUGCUGCUGCUGAAUGA